AUGAUGUGGUCGUUAGUGGUGGCGGCGGCCGCGGUGGUGACGGCGCUGAAUGCGCGAGCCGAGCAGGUACUGCUUCUCGAUACCACCACCGAAGCAACUCUUGGCUGGACGCGCUUCCCUUACGGCGCUCAAGCGAGUACCCCCGGCUGGCUCGAGGAGUCUUACACUAACUUCGAAAAACAGAUCAACUGGCGAUCGUACGUGGUAUGUGACGUCGCGCAUCACAACGUUAACAACUGGCUCUGGACGCCAUUCAUCGAACGCAGGAAUGCUAAUCGUAUUUAUAUUGAAAUCAAGUUCACUAUAAGAGAUUGCUCAUUGUUCCCUGGUAAUGCACUAAGCUGCAAAGAAACCUUUAGUUUAUUGUAUUACGAGUUCGAUGUCGCCACGCGAGAGCAGCCUCCCUGGGAGCCAGAGAGCUACAAGCUAGUAGGUAGAAUAGCUGCAGGUGAGGGUCGUUUCAAUACUAAUUCGGAAGUUGAUAUCAACACAGAGGUGAAAAGCAUUGCAGUCACUAAAAGGGGCGUCUAUUUCGCCUUCCGAGACCAGGGCGCAUGUAUAUCAAUAUUGGCAGUAAAAGUCUACUACAUCACUUGUCCAGAAGUUACAGUUAACUUUGCUAGGUUCCCAGCCACACCAACUGGCAGAGAGGUCACAGUCAUUGAACAGGCCAAUGGCACUUGUGUGGAGAAUGCAGAGAUAGCACCAGGUGAGGUUCCUCCAGUUUAUCUAUGCAAAGGUGAUGGCAAGUGGACUUUGCCUAGUGGCUCAUGCAAAUGUCGUGCUGGGUUUGAACCUGAUCUUAACAAUCAAGUGUGCAAUGAAUGUGCACCAGGAAAAUUUAAAUCUCACACUGGUGAUGACCCCUGCAUAACUUGCCCAGAUUACUCGGAAUCAACAGUUUAUGCAGCUGCUGAGUGCAAAUGUGUACCAGGUUUUUAUAGAGCCAAAAAGGACCCUAAAAAUGUUCCCUGUACCCAACCACCUUCAGCACCAGUCAAUCUUACAGUCACAUUUGCUGAUCAGUUCUCUAUUUCACUAGCAUGGCAACCACCUCAUAAAACAGGGGGACGUAAUGAUAUAACAUACAGAGUAUUUUGUUCUAACUGUGGCCCCAACAUUGAGUAUAGGCCGGCUGCUACCGGUUUAAACAACACCAGAGUUACUGUAAUGGGAUUGGACCCUGUUACUGAAUACAAAUUUCAAGUAUAUGCUGAGAAUGGGGUGACUGAGCAAACUGGAGAAGAACCUAAGAAAGUUGAAAUAACUGCUGUAACUGAAGCUUCAGUUGUUAGUGUUGUCUCUAAAUUACGCAUCCUGAGUGUAGAAAGUGACAAGCUGUCUUUAGCAUGGAACCCCCCACCAAUAGAUCUCACUGAUCCUGAUGAUACAAUAGAAAGCUAUGAAGUUAAGUGUUUUCCCAAAGACAACAUGGAGAAAAGUGCAAAUGCCACCCUAAAAAUUUCUAAAGAACCUCAUGUCAUAAUAACUGGUCUGAAAAGAGAUACUGAGUAUGGAAUUCGAGUCAGAGCAAAAAUGAAGCGUGGUUGGGGUGAAUUCAGUGGUAUAGUGUAUGCACGCACAGGGUCUGUCCUAGAAACAACAUUUGUAGGUGAAGAGGAAGGGGCGCAAGUGCGAUUAGUAGCAGGUGUGAUGGUUGCAGUUGUUGUACUGUCAGUGGUUGCGAUCAUUGCUACUGUUCUAUUUCUACGUUCAAGAACAGAUGAUGAAUGUGACAAAAAACAACCCAGUGACUGUAAUGCACUUAACUAUCGAAAUGGAGAAGUGUACACUGGCCCUGAGCGUCCUGCAAAGACCAGCAGUAACGCGACAACACCAUUGUUUGCUGGGACAGGCUCCAGAACUUACAUUGAUCCCCACACUUAUGAAGACCCUAAUCAAGCAGUCCGGGAAUUUGCUCGCGAAAUUGACGCUUCUUGUAUCACUAUAGAAGCAAUUAUAGGGGGCGGCGAAUUUGGAGAUGUCUGCCGAGGGAAACUUAAAUUACCAGCAAGUUGUGGUCAAGAGAUCGAUGUUGCCAUUAAAACCUUAAAACCGGGCUCUACAGAACGUGCGAGGCGUGAUUUUCUUGCUGAAGCGUCAAUAAUGGGCCAAUUCGAACAUCCAAAUAAUCGGUCUGCAGACCCAUUAGCUGGUGACACUCCUGACUUGAUCCAGUUCUCAUCAGUAGAGGAGUGGUUAGAGUGUAUUAAAAUGUCGCGGUAUAUUGAAAAGUUCCGCGCGGCGGGCAUCCUGGACAUGGAUGCUGUGGUAGACCUGACAGUGCACCAGUUGGCCUCGCUCGGCGUCACGCUCGUAGGCCACCAGAAGAAGAUAAUGAACAGCGUGCAGAGCAUGCGCGCUCAAAUCCGUGGUAGUGGCCCAUAUGGGUUCCUGGUGUAA